CCUGAUCUGUCUUUUCCUUCGUGUCCGUGGGAUUUUGGAAGCUGCCGCCUUGGGGCCGGGCGCUGCGCCCGCUUUCUCUUCCUCUUUCCGUUGGAUUUGAGAAAGUUUCAAUGUUAUUGAGGGGGGAAAAAGAAAGCGUUUUGAAGAUAAAAAGAAUCACCUGAGUGCAGCCAGCUGUGCAAACACAGGGCCGUGGGUCCAACAUGAAGGAAAAACGAAGUUCUGCCAAGAGUUAAACCUUAACCCUGCCCAUUUAUCCAUAUUUUAUGUGUAUUUCAUGUGAGAUUUCCCCUGUGCUCUUUCCCCAGCCCAACGACUGCCCUUCCUGCUGUUGACAGCCCAGCUUGCUAAGAGAAGAGGCAAACAGCAGCUCUGCUCCUGAGCUCCGCUCACCUUCAGUCCUUGUCCCUGCAGGCACUGAGCCACGAUGGGUUUUGCUGAGGACAAAGUGUACAACCACAUCUUGAAGAACAUGAGCAGGUUCUGUGACAUCCACGUGGCGUCGCUGGUCGAUUCCCUGAGCUGCCUCACCGAUGCUGACAGGGAUGAGCUUCACACCCGGCAGGAGAUGCGGGGGAUCCGUGCCACUGUGUACAAAUUUUACCAGCACCUGAAGUGCCGAAAGGGCUGGGUGAUGGACCUGAUCAACGCACUGCACCAGAACAAUGCAGGGCACCUGGCUGAGGAGCUGCAGCAGGUUUAUGACCUCUACCAAGCCCCUCCUCCAGUUGCCUUGGCUCCUCCAAGUGCUUCAGCUUCUGCUGCCUGGCCUGCUGUUUCCUCUGACGGUGCCCUGAAGCCAUUUUCAGGGCCAAGCUCUGCUGCAGAAACCCCAAAGGCUGAGCCACCACGCUCCAACCCAUCUGCUGGUGGCCAUCCACCUCUCUCACCUGCUGCUGCCACCACUGCGACCUCAGCUGUGAGCUCGGAUGUUUCCAGCACAGAACUGGAUGCCAGGGCACCGGUGCAGGAAUCGCACCCAGAAAGAAAGAGUCCCCAGCCUCCGCUGAUGACGAGCACGGUCUGUGAUGGCAAAGAGAAACCUGUCCCAUACCCCACCAAAGAGCUUCAAGAGGCAGUGGAGACCCCUGGGGCAUCCAGCACAGUUUUACCAUCUGUGUCCCCUGAGCAGGGCCAGGAGUGGCUGAGCCACCGGCAUCCGGUGUGUGUGGACAACGGGUGUUUUGGGAACGCAAACCACCUCCAACGUGGCGUGCCAAACUUGGAUCUGGGCUCUCUUCCACCAAAGGAUUUGAGUGCUGCUUCUGGCCCUGAGCAAACCAGGAACGAGCCCCAAGAAGACGUCUACAUCUCCAGUGAGUUGCCUGUGAGGUUGGUGGAGACCACUGGCGGUGGGGGACUGCAGCCCCCAGCCUCUGUGAGGACACAAGAGCAACAAGCUGUGCACAGUUCCAAGCACGACGGGCCCCCAAGCACCUUUGUGGAUGUGCGCCACCCCUUGCUUAUACAACAGCAGUUUGAUGUAGAGCAGAAGCAGAUUGAGAGAGAGCGUGAAGGAGGUGGAGAUGUUUGGAAGGAAACAGCCACCUCAGUCUCAACCUCUGCACCCAGAGAUAUUUCCCCAUUCUGUGACACCUCCUUGAAGCCUCCUGUACGAGAGAGAAUGCUGCCUGGGGAGGAAGCAGCCAGCAGCACCCCCUCCAUGCCACAGAAGGAGCAAGUGCUCUCUGCCUCGGUGGCCUCCCUCUCAGCUAUGAAUGCUGCAGGAAGCUUUGAAGGGGCAGCUGGGAAGACCCCCUCACGAGUGAGCUCUGCUACCAGCAUCUGGGCAUCUCAUGAUAACGAGGAGGAAGACGUGGAGCUCAGUAAGCCAGGUGCCCUCCAGUCUGUAGCAGGAGAGAGCCCAGAAAAGGCAGCUGCCAGAUACCUGGGCAGCCCCAGUUCCAACACAUCCAGUCACCUUGGCUUGAGCAGCGACCCGCUCAUGGUGAGCACAGACAGCUUGAGGCCUGGAGAAGCACAGUCCAGAGCCAACUCAGGGCGCUGGUCUGCAACUCCAGCAGUUCAUGCAGACCCUGGGGGAGAAGAGGCAGCUGGAGUGAGCCCUUAUCCACCCCUGAGCUGGGCCAGCCCUUCUGUGGGCACUCACGAGGUCCAUGUGGAACAUCACCUCAGUGCCCUGCUGGCAGCAGGCAAUGAUGUCCAAGAUGGAGCAGUCCCCUUUGAAGGCUCUCCUGACUCAAACAAGGGAAGUAAUGCUGCAACCAACUCAUCUCAGGUCAAAGUCCCCGCAUCAGGGGACAGCAAUGGGCCAUCCCUGCUGUACAUCCUCCCAGCUGUUGGCAUUGCACUGAUUUCGGUGUUUCUGGUAUACAGACGAUUGCAGAAAUAGCAGCAGAGAGAAGAUGAGAUGCCACAGCUACCAAAGGGAGAUUCCUCUUCGUAGCAGGAAGUUGGCCAGCAUGUUUGAAGCCCGAAGAACAGUUAGAGGGACUGUAGGGGCUUUGUUAAAUCUCUUCCCAGAAAGUUUCCUGGAAGAGGCCUUGGUUGUGUGAUGCUGUUGGGUUUUGGUCUGAUUCCCAACCACCUUCCUGUCUGUGCUGCCUUCUUUUUCACCCACAGUGAGGGUGUCUUUCAGGAGGUGAUCCCUCGAGGCCAAAAUCAGAGCCUUCCUGGCCAUUCUCAUCUUCACAUUUGGUUCUGGAUGGCCCCUCUCCUGCCAAGAAAUGUUCCUGUGAUGAGGAUGUGCCAGGCUGGACUGUGUGCAAGCUGUCCCCUCUCCCAGGAGCCCUCAUCCUGCUUCAGUGCUUUCCUUUGGAGUAUCGUGCCCUGCACCUGUGGGUCAGAAAUGGCACAGGAUCCAGGACGUUGACACACAGCACUGACACCCCUGGGGAUGGAGCAGUGGAGCCAGAAGGAGUUGUGUAUACCCUUGUGCAGCUUUCUCAUGGAUCAAUCUCACUUCUCCUUUCCGCCAGACAGGGGGAGAAAGGAUUUAAGCAUAUGCUUUCAGAAGACAAUUUCAUGCAAUACCAGCAUGAGCCAGACUUGCUCUCACCUAGGAUUGCUGUGUGCCUUUUGAUCUACAGGCUGUAUUUAGUGAGCCUGGCUAGGAGGGUGGAUGUAAUUCUCACAUUUCCCAGUACCUGGUGUAAUGAGAUAGAAACUUAUGUCGAGGUUGGGACAUAAAUAGGUUCAGCUCUGUGUGAUGCAGGGAGGCCAUGCAUCAGUGCUAGCUGGUGGUCCACAUGUUCUGAGUUAUCUUGAGGAUUCUGUUUAAAAUUUCAGUCCAUCAUUUCCCAACUGCUCCCAGGGAUCACCUUGAGAGUUUGAGGGGAUUGGGCCGCAACACUUCCAGAUAAGAGAAAAUCCCAAACCCAAAUAAGCAUCCCUUGGUUCCCUCAGCUCAGGACAGCUUUCAGGGGCAGCAGCGAUCCUGUUUAGUUGCUGUUUGCCUUCAUGUCCAACUCCAGGCAGAGUUGAACCACCCCAAGCUGCGCUGCCUGUUUCCUCUGUUGCUAUGGCUGUGGGCUGUUCACCAUCACUCACCUGCUCCCUCCCAAAAGGACAGAGGCACAAAAGUAUGAAAGUGGAUUAUUUUAGUUAGAGAUUAUUAAUUUUUUUUAAGCUCUAAAUGCACCAGCAUGGACUUUUAGGUUGCCCUGCAAUCCUGUGAGCUGCAGGAAAUGGAAGCCAUGGCAGGAGGCAAAGUUGGGCAAAAAGUAUAGAGAUGUGGAGACAGAUCUGCACAGCAGAAGGCUUGUAUCAUGGACAACCAUGGCUUGAAUGUGACUGGCUGGCCAGGGUGCUAUGGGCUUUAAAUCACUGCAGCAACUGAGCUGCAAGCCUGAUCUGGGCUGUACUCCUGAUCCAGAAAGCUGCUGCUUUCCUUGAUUUGAUAAUUUAUUUCCCUUGGAUCCCUGCUGUUCAGCACAGUUUCCCAAAACCUGUCCCUACUGCUGAGCUUCCUGGGAUUGGCUGCAGGGUAUGGCUGUUGUGCCCAGAGCUCAGCACAGACCUGAUGGUGCAGAGGGUCAGUGAGCCCAGUGGUGGGACAAAGGGCUGCUCCUCCUCCAGGGCUGCUCCAGGAGCACUCCUCUGAUGGCUCUGUGUCCAGAAUUGAGGUGUCCUGAGGCUUUUCUAGAUGGAAUAGUAUCCUUGGGGUGCUGGAUGUCACCUGCUCUGACCACAGUAUUUGCAUGAGUUGGGUUCUUAUAUAUUCCAAAGGAAAUGCGUUUUGGAAGGCACCUGCCCACCUCUUUCCAGUCCCAUAUUCCCAGGUUGUUGAGCCAAGUGCUGGUUUUCCCAGAGCUCUGCCUUAUUUUUGGUUGAUUGCCUUAACACCCUAUUAGUCUGGAGGAAUCAUAGAAUCAUAAGGUUGGAAACAACCUAUAAGAUCAUUUAGCCUCUUCUGACUUGGGUAAAUGGUCUCCAAAUUACAAAUGGUUCUGUCACAGCACAGUAGGCUGGGGGACUUCUGCUUCGGUUUAGUAGGGCUGACAACUUUUUCCUUUGCCCCAAAAUGCACAAAAUGCCUCCCUUAUAAAUGGACAAGGGCAAUAAAGACAUGCAAGAGUGAGGUGGUUGAGUUUGCUCUGACAGGGCCCAAGAGCGAACUCGAGAUGUUCACUUCUUGCUCAGUGCCCAGCAUUUUACCCAUCCGUGGAUGAGAGGGGGCGUUUUAAAUGCACUUUCCAUCCUCUUCUCAGAGAUGGGGCACAGGGGCUGUUCUCACCAUGAGAAAGAGGAGGCCUACAUCUUCUCCUGCUGCUUUCUGUGCCAUUUUUGAGGGUGUUUGGGAGAUCUCAAGCCAGCAGCAUCCAUACCAAGGCUCUCUUCUCUCCCUGCAGAUUUCUUCAUGUAUUUUCCCAGUGCUUUUUAGCUCCUGCACUCCCUAUGAAAACACACCUGAUUUAUUAGCACAUAAAACAUUUGUUUUUCUUGGUGUUUGCUGUGAAGUGCCUCUAUUUUCCUAGCUGUCGUGUAGCACUUUAAAGACAGAAAUCAGCAAAAGGGAUACCUAGGAUGGAAUACGUAAUAAAAACUGUUUGCCACUCCAC